UCGAAAUUUGACAUUGCAGUUUGUAAUCGAUCGCUUUUUUUUUUUUUUUCUGUACGAUUCUUUUCUUCUUUUGAGUUUUCUACUCAGCAUACAGUACAGUUUUGUCAGCAAUAUUGUCCAAUGAGAGUCAUUAAAGCGAACUUUUUACGUCGGCAAACUGUCCAAUCAAAUGAAACAGCUCCUGUUUGUAAUGCCUUUUCGAACCCAUUUGUCAGCCCGACAUUCUUUGUAAGUAUUUUUAAGGCAUGACAAAUUGCGGGAUGGCGCAAAAUUUUGGAUAAAGUAUAAAAGGAAGAUGAAAAAUUUGUACCUGAAGUUUUUGUUUCUCAGAAAAUUAAUUAUAUCAAUUAAGAAAAUCAAAAAUCAUGUCUGCUACUAUUACAAAAAUUGCUAGAAAUAUCACCAAGUCUGUUCUUUCAAGAGAACAAAUGGAUGGUGUUGGCGCAAAAGUUUAUCGCUCUAUUGGCAGCUACGCACUUCGUAACUUGGAUCCAUUCUUAAUGCUUGAUGAAUUCGAUGUCCAUGCACCUGGCGGAUUUCCCGACCAUCCUCAUCGUGGCUUUGAAACCGUAACGUAUAUGCUGGAUGGUGAAUUUUUACACGAAGACUUCAAGGGCCAUAAGGGUCACUUAGGUCCUGGUGAUCUUCAAUGGAUGUCUGCCGCAAAAGGUAUUCUUCAUGCCGAAAUUCCCGCUAGUAACAAACCUUCUCAUGGUCUCCAAUUAUGGGUCAAUCUGGCCAGCAAAGAUAAAAUGUCAGAACCCAACUAUCAAGAAUAUCCCAAAGAAAAGAUAGUGGAAGUGGUACCGGAGGAAGGCGUCAACAUUAAAGUCAUUGCCGGUGAAUCCUAUGGUACAAAAUCUCCCGUAAUGACAAGGACACCAACUAUGUUUAUUGACGUUAGAUUGAAGAAAGGAAAGAAAAUGGAACAGGUUAUCCCUCCACAUUAUGCAGGAUUCAUCUACACUCUCGCAGGCUCAGCUUUGUUUGGUGGAGAUAAACAUGCUUCCGAAGCACAUCAUACUUUGGUUUUGAGCCAGAAUAAAGGAGACUAUAUUCCAGUGGAAUCAACAUCCGAUGAUUGUCAUUUUGUAGUUAUUGCAGGCCAGCCUAUCGGAGAGCCUAUUGUUCAGCAUGGCCCGUUUGUAAUGAACACACAGCGCGAAAUUUAUCAAGCAUUUGAAGAUUAUCAGGAAGGUAAAAAUGGUUUUGAAGGCGCUCCUGGAUGGACCUCAUCCAUUAGAGAUCGCUGGGGUAACCGUGCAUAAAGGGUCAAGCAUAUCAUUCUAUCUCUUUCGAUCAUUUUUGUUUAAAUUAUUCAACUCUCUAUAUAAAUCAAUAUAUAUAUAUCAUAUACACCUUUCAUAUAUUUAUUUUAUUUACAAUUUUAAUACAUGAACAAUAAAGAAAAUA